AUGCCAUGUAAUGUAAUUUCAUUCAUCUUGUGUCAAAUUUGUAAUAACAAUAAUUCUUUACGUAAAUUAAAAUAAUUGAAAUAUAUUUCCUGUCCUUGUAACUAAUUAUUUGCUACUGAAAACGUAUAAAUUGUAAAAUGAAAUUUCAAUUCUCAGAUUUAACUCUAUGCGGUCGUCUACAAAUUCCAUUUUAUUUGUGACCUAUCCAAUUUCAAUGAACAACGCUAAAACUCGCACAGACUGAGAAAUAGAAUUAACGUUCCAGCUUCUGUAUUAUUGUGGUAGAGAAGUUUAUAUGGUUUUAAAUUUAAACUAUUGCAGACAGUACAAUAAUGAACUUCAGUUAGGAAAAUAUCGAAUUGUUACAAUAAAAAAUAAAUUUAACAUCUUACCAAUGAAGUGCAAUAUUAGAGAACUCGCUCUGUUAAGCGACAAGCCCUGUAUUGUGGAAGGAAGACUUAAUUAUAAAAAAGUAUCGAAUGGAAGCUACCGUAAUCAAGCAGUAUUCAAAGAGAGGUGGUUCCGCCUUAUAAACAAUUAUUUAUUCUAUUUCAAAAUCAGUGAAAUGGGCAAGUUUGACACAAAAAAUCCUGCUGGUGUGUUUAUAAUGGAGAAUUCAUCAAUACAAAUGGAACAUGGACCAAGUAUAUCAUUCUCCUUUUCAAUAUCUUUCAUUGAUGAGCCUGAGAAAAGGCAUGUGUUUGCUGCUCGCAGUGAAGAUAAUGUUGUUCAGUGGGUGAUGAAACUGCGUCAGUGUUCAUAUGAGUAUUUGCGGAGCCAACUUCACACACUACAAUCAAAAAUAUUCUCCAUCACUGGCAAGGAUCCUCUGUUGUUAGUGCCAAGAAAUGAUGGUGCAUGCCUGUGGGCUCCAGCUGUGCCCUUUUCAACUGUGCCAGCUUGUACCACAAACACCAGCUCGUUCAGCUGCCAUCUUCACACUAACAAUGCUUUCACACUUGAAAGAAGCAAAUCAGAUGUGCAGACACACAGACAUUUAAAAUCUGAUUACUAUUCCAAAACAACCUUCUAUGUUAGUGAUCAUAGUAACGAGGCUAAGGAACCCCAAAGUUACGCAUUAGAGAAAAGUAAUACAUCAGCUUUCUUCACUGCCAGCUUAAAUCCUGUUGAUAUAUCAAUAUUUGACAAUCGGCCAGCUUAUUCACGGGCUGCUCCUAGUCCACCUGUCAGAACUAAAUUGUCCCCUAAUACCAGAAGAAUCGAAUUGAAUAAAGAUAUAAAGACAUUCACGGAUCAAGGAAAAUUAAAGAACUUGGGACAACUAGGUAUCCUAGAUGUAACGCCAGUACCACCUAAAAGAAAGAUAUCGCCGAAAACUUUAGAAAAUAGUACCAGAGAGUCGGAAAACAAUGUCAGUAAUGAAAUGAUAUCUGACAGUAACAGUGAAGAUCUAAUUAAAUUUUGAUUUAGGUAAUUUAAGUCGCCAACCAUGUGUAUCAGUAAGUCUGUGCCCACCAAGUGUAAUAUUUAAUUAAUUAUUAUUAUUAUGAGAUCUCUUGCCUUACACAAGAGUGAUAUAAACUUUAGUAUAAGGGGUCAUUUUUAUAGAGCUUCCUGGCACCUGACCAGCUACGAGUAUAUAGGUAACAUUUGCUUAUAUGAACUGCGCUACGAGUAUAACCAUGCAUUAACCACGCAUUAACCAUGCGUUUCAAAAUAUAUAUAUGUUUUGUUCUUUUUUUUCCAAUUUAAUCUGAAAUCAGUUUUGCAACUUAAAUUAGAUAUCACGUGAGGCUGUUGGUAGUUGGAGCGUGAUUCCAGCAAACCAUCUACUCCUAAUUUUUUUUAUAUAUAUAUUUUUGUUAACCCGGAAGGUCUUUUAGGCGACGCUAUUAAAGUAUGUCAUUUUUUAUGCGUUUCGUGUAGCAUCUUGUUUUAAGUACUACAGCCAGAUCAUUAGGAUGCUUCUCUAUUCUCUCCUGAUAUCUGGUUUUGUAUUUUUGGAUUUCGUCAUGGCCCGUAUCAACCUUUAAGUGAUGGUGUAUUUCAUUAUUAGUGACGAACCAAGAAACACCAAUUAUUUGUACGAAGAAUAUUAUUAUAAAAUAUGGCUAUAUCAUAAUGAAUAUAUACCCUACAUCACAAUGAAGAGAGUAGUGUCACAAUUUCACCUCAUCUAUAAACUGCUACUAACUGUCAUGUUAGGUGCUGGGUGGCUGUAAUGAGUUAUGACCUGUAUGUAACAUUUGUAUGCAUUGUGAUAUAUUAUAAAAGAAGUGUGUGUUGCAUUUAAUUAGAAAUAUAUUUUUUUUUCAGCAAUAUUAUGUAAUGUGACACUUGUCAGAGGCUCCAAAGUGACCAUGUGCUAUCUUUAAGAUAAAGAAUUUUGUUUGUAAUAUACAAACUGUUAAUAUGCCUCAUUCUGAUUACUGUGAAACUCUAGUGAUUGGAACUUGGCUGUGAAUAAAUUUUUUUUAAUAAGGCAUUGACAGCUUUGUUCUGAUAACACUAAGAUAGCUAGUAUGCAAGAUUGUU